AUGCAUCUCUUACACCUUGGUUUCACUUGUAGUAAGGUUGAUCCUUCUUUAUUUACUUUGAAAACUCACAAUGGCAAAAUAUUUCUCAUGUUAUAUGUGGAUGAUAUUAUUGUCACAGGAAGUAAUCCAUCACAUGUCUCAGAGUUGGUUCUACAACUUGAAAAGGAGUUUGCCAUGAAAGAUCUUGGUCAUUUACACUUCUUUCUUGGAGUUGAGGUUAAGUAUGUUGUUGAGCUGCUAGACAAGACUGAAAUGACUUUUGCAAAGGCUAUAGCCACUCCUUUGGCUCAGAAGCAUGGUCUACAUGAAGCUGUGGGAAGUGUGCUUGAAGCAUUUUUUUUUACAGAAUGA